UGCGCGCGCAGCAAUUGUCUGUUGGCUGGGCUCGAGCGAGCGAGCGAGUUAGGGAGCAGUGGCGGACCGGUUUGAGACCAGCGACCGGCCCUAUGAGAGCGGCCACUCUGCGGACUUCCGACAGGGAGAUGCCCACGAAUAGGGACAGCAUGAUGUCCUACACGGCGGAGAAUCACCAUCAAGUCCGGAUGAAAGCCUAUUACAAAGGGGACAUCAUGAUCACACAUUUCGAUCCCUCCAUCACGUAUGAAAAUCUUUGCACUGAGGUUCGUGACAUGUGCUGCUUUGAUAACGAGCAACUCUUCACAAUGAAGUGGAUUGAUGAAGAAGGCGACCCCUGCACUGUCUCAUCCCAGUUGGAAUUAGAGGAAGCAUUUCGGCUUUAUGAGCUGAAUAAGGAUUCUGAGCUGAUCAUUCAUGUGUUUCCCUGUAUACCAGAACGACCAGGGAUGCCCUGUCCUGGGGAAGACAAGUCCAUUUACAGACGGGGUGCUCGGCGCUGGAGAAAGCUGUACUGUGUAAAUGGACAUACUUUCCAAGCCAAAAGAUUCAACAGACGUGCGCACUGUGCAUUUUGUACUGAUCGGAUCUGGGGCCUAGGUCGUCAAGGUUAUAAAUGCAUCAACUGUAAGCUUCUGGUCCAUAAGAAAUGUCACAAACUGGUUACAAUUGAAUGUGGACGUCAUGCUAUCACACAUCCUCAUCAUUACCCUUGGGGAAGCGGUGAUCAGGAACAUAUGAUUCCAGGUGCAGAGAAUGCAGAAAACAUUGCGCCAGUUAUUCCAUAUAAAUCUUCCAGCCAAGAAAACCUGGAUCAUGUUGGUGAGGAGAAGGAGGCCAUGAGCAGCAGGGAAAGUGGUAAAGCUCCCACCAGUUUAGGGGUUCCAGAUUUCGAUCUGAUCCGUGUCAUUGGAAGAGGCAGCUAUGCCAAAGUCCUCCUCGUCCGACUGAAAAAGACAGAACGCAUUUAUGCAAUGAAAGUUGUGAAGAAGGAACUGGUUAAUGAUGAUGAGGAUAUUGAUUGGGUGCAGACAGAAAAGCAUGUGUUUGAGCAGGCAUCAAAUCAUCCCUUCCUCGUAGGACUGCAUUCCUGCUUCCAGACUGAGAGCAGGCUAUUUUUCGUCAUAGAAUAUGUGAAUGGUGGAGAUUUGAUGUUUCACAUGCAGAGACAAAGGAAGCUUCCAGAAGAGCAUGCCAGAUUUUAUUCUUCAGAGAUCAGUCUGGCUUUAAACUACCUUCAUGAACAUGGGAUCAUUUACAGAGAUUUGAAACUGGACAAUGUUUUGCUGGACUCUGAAGGACAUAUUAAACUAACAGACUAUGGAAUGUGUAAGGAAGGUCUGAGGCCUGGCGAUACAACCAGCACAUUCUGUGGUACUCCCAAUUACAUUGCUCCAGAAAUCCUGCGAGGGGAAGAUUAUGGUUUCAGUGUGGAUUGGUGGGCUCUGGGAGUGCUGAUGUUUGAGAUGAUGGCAGGGCGAUCGCCUUUUGAUAUAGUGGGGAGCUCAGAUAAUCCAGAUCAGAACACAGAGGAUUACCUCUUCCAAGUCAUUUUGGAAAAACAAAUCCGCAUUCCACGUUCCCUCUCUGUCAAAGCUGCAAGUGUUUUGAAAGGAUUUCUGAAUAAGGAUCCAACAGAGCGGCUUGGAUGUCACCCACAGACAGGAUUCGCUGAUAUUCAGGGUAAUCCUUUCUUCCGCAACGUAGACUGGGAUUUGAUGGAACAGAGGCAGGUCAUCCCACCCUUCAAGCCACACAUUUCCGGUGAAUAUGGACUUGACAACUUUGACUCGCAGUUCACUAAUGAACCUGUCCAACUCACUCCGGAUGAUGAUGACGCUGUAAAGAAGAUUGACCAAUCAGAAUUUGAAGGCUUCGAAUAUAUCAAUCCCCUUCUGAUGUCAGCUGAGGAAUGCGUCUGAUGAGCUGGAAUCUGCACACUGUGCCCAGUGCCUCCAACCUUGCAUGUGAAAGAGCUGAAAACAAUGAAUGCCUUGCUUUAGUAGCAGAAGCCUUUUCUCUGUACAGCUAAUGGUUUGAGAAUGCUCAUCCCAGCUCUAAUCCAGCAGAUGACCAAUGACUACUUACGUAUUUCUAUUCCAAUGUAACAAUAAGCAACAGGUUAAUUGACGGAGUUCUCAAGCACUGCAGCUGAGCGAUUACCUUUUUUCCGCUAUAUUUCCUGCUGAGAGACGCUGUUAACUUGGUGGACAGGAUAGUUUUUGUCAGGGAGCAAGUGCUAUCUUAGCUUGCCUAAGAAAUGACUUGCUUGUUUUUUCAUUGGGAGUUUGGGUGGAAAGUUAACUUUAUUCUGUUGGUGUUAUGGUAAACUCUUAAGUGCAUGACUUAAAGGCUUCAUUUGCUCCCCCAAGACACCUCUACCUGCCUGCGGCUGGUAGUAUUGCUCAGGGAGAUGGCAGCUGAUGGCUUUGACAAAAAUGCUUUUGCUGGUAAAACAUUGCCCUUAUCUACUGGAAAGGUGUGUCAAAGGUUAAGGGAAGAAAAGCAUUUCAAACAUUGCUUCCAACUACUCAUACAUUACCAGCAGGAUCAUGUACAAAAACUGAAUUGUAGAAAAACUGACGGCAUUUAUCUCAUUUGACUAUUAGGUUUUUUUUAAGUUAUCAGAAGAUUUUUGGGACCACAUAAAUGAGAAUUACAAAAUAACGUGCACAAACAUGCUGUGACUAUACUUUUGUCUGCACUGAUGUGAAAGGUGUCUUUUUUAUAUAAAUAUAUAUAUAUAAAAGCCGGUAAAGUUUUGUUCUGCACCGUAUUGUGUCAAUAUAGGCUUUCAGUCCUGCCAGUAUAGUCCACUGGAACUAAGGAGUUAUGCAGAGCUGGGAGUGAUCUGCCACAUAUUGUCACUGUUAUAUUUCAUACAUAAAUGACUAAAAUGACUGUCUCCUGCUAUUUGUAGUGCUGCAGCAUGCCAGGAAAACAGAACAAAGUUUUCCUAGGAAUUGCUCAAACGCUUGGAAAUGAAAAAUGCAUUCAUAGCCGUACUCCUCCACCUUGCCCUGGAAAAAGAAACACGUUUCAAUACAUAAGUAAAAUUCAGUAGCUUUCACUACAAUACUUUGCUGCACACCUGACACUACAUGAAGUUUGUUUGUUGCUCCAUGAGAGAUUCAAAUUUAAGUAAUUUCAUGUUAAGAAGCAGAAGCAAAACUCGGUAGGAAUUCCUGGGUAACUAGAUUCUAAUGAUAUUCAUCAGCUUCACUUUUGAUAUUUCUCAUCCUCCACACUCUUUCUGUUUUGCAACAACACACAAGGGUCACCCAUGGUCCCAUGUAAAGAAAAUCGUUAUUGUCGGUUUGAUAAAUUGCAGUUACAAUUAUAUUUUGAAGAGACAUAACCUGCUAAACUGAAUGCACUAUAUUUUGAUGAUUUCUUUUACAGUUAAUCGAACAGACUUUACAUAUUUGUCUCAUUAUGACUUUCUUCCUGCCCCACUUUUUCCCCACCAGUAUUAGUUUACUUUAGUGAAUAUAGUUUUGAUUCUAUGUUAGAAUUGUGAGAAGUGUAACUUUGCCAAAUUUGGGCUGCAGUUUUAUCUGGUCAUAAAAUAAAAUAAAGUUAUUAUGUUCCUGCCUUGUCCACACCCAUUUAAACUUCAGGUUUUAGUGGUUGCAUUUAAUACUUGGCACAGUUAACUCAGUCCCUUACCUCCCUGAAAGAGACUUUUGUGCCGCAUAACCCUAAAUGUGCAAAAAGAGAUGACCACACUCCUAGCGGAGUCUGUUGUUCUGCUUUAAAACAGCUGUGUGCAGUCCAGCUAAAAUGAGAUAUUCUGUGUACGUCUUUUCUUAAAGCAUCCCUUGUUUAAAAUAGGUGACUAAGUUAAAUUUGUUUCUUUUAUUACUUGAGAUGCAGGAAAUGUUAAUGAUGUUUUGGGGUUGCAUUCAACAAUUCCGUCCGUUGUUCUGUAAGGGUAGAAAGCCAGUGCCAUUACUUAUGACUAAGAGGGGAUGUUAUUUGUUAUGUUCAGAGUCAUCGGUUUACAGAUAAUGAACGGGUCAAAUUCAGCUGCAUGAUAGGAUUUUGGUGUACUUAGACUAUUUCAUUUUGCAAUAUUAUCCUUUUUUUGUGAUGACAAGAGUGGGCUUAAUGAUUGCCAGAAUGUCCUGUUGCAAUGAUUAAUGUCAAUGGCUAGAGUGCUGCUUUUCAUACUAAACUCCCCAUUCUGGGCAUCUAUCAAUUUAAAGCACAUAACUACUUAUGGGGAAGUCUGAGAAGUACCAGUAUAUGUACUUUAGCAUUAUGGUAUAGGUCAAUAUGCUACACAUCCCCCUUAAAUCUGUCACACAUUUAAGACUAGUAAAGAGACCAUAUCCGCUUCUUGUUUCAUGGUCUGUUCUGUUUUUUGAGUACUGUAGUAACAUUCACAGUAUUUUCUGUAUGGUUAGACAAAUGAAUGUAACAGUGCAGAUGUUGGCUGCCAUCAUAACUUGCACCAUUGUUGAAGUUUAUUGUUGUCAAACUGAGUGCUGGGUAGUACAGAGCUGCUGGAACAAGAUAUUUUUCCAAACUCUUGAUUCCUUUCCCCUCCUCUCCCCCAUUCUUUUUCUACUUAAGACAACUGCUGGGGAAUGAAAACUGGGUGCCAGCAGUCCCAUGAUACCUUGGCAAAGUGGGCAUUUUUCAUGUGCAGGAUGGUGAAUGCUGGUAGGUUAUUCAAUUAUGAAUUAUGGGGAGCAGUGACCAGUCAUUGCCAUAGCAAAAACAAUCAUCCACACUUAUGCACCAAGGGAAUGGGAUAUGGCCUAUUUAUUCACGUUGCUGAAAUGCAUGAGACUCAGCCAGGAUGAAUGUUGUUCAUGAUUCAGAAAUGCUUAUUGCAAAGUUUAAUUUGGAAACUGCAUGUCAUUUCUUCUUAAAAUACCAGUGAGCUAGUGAUACAACUGCAUGGGUAUUGGGAACAUGCCCAGACCUGGACUAUGCAGUGAAUGCACUAAGUUAUUGGCCAAAUUUGCAGGAGAAUCUGAGUCUGUAUAGUUUGAAGUAAUUAUUUUGGUUUUUGUAAGAGAAUGUUCUUGAUUAUGUACAACUGCCAAGAGAGAGUGGGAGUUUGUUGGUUUUGAAAGCUUCACAUACAGAAUGAUUCGUAAACUGAAUAGUGUAGGUAUAAAAUGCUAUGUGGCCAUCCAAGUAUUUACCUACUCUAUAGUAAUUUAUCAUUUUAAGUUGUUCUUUCUCCCCUAUCCCUCAAAUAAUCUUUAGUGUACCGAUUUUAUUACUAUAAAAAAUUAGUUUGCUAACUACUGGAAUGAAGGUUCAUGACUUGUGUUACUGGUCAUUCAAGGACAUGUUUCCCUUUUAAACUGGUAAUGUUUCCACUGACUGGCCUAAAGAGUCCAAGAAAUCUGCUGUGGGAAAAAUAUCUAAAUGACCUAAUGGACCACACCACUACCUAAAUCCCGACAUGUUGCCCAUGCUCUUGUUUGGACAUAUUUUCAAAUAAUUUUUUUUAAAUAAAAGCAGAAAAUGCUGGAUAAGCUCACCAGGUCUUGCAGCAUCUGUGGAGAUAAAAGUUUGCAGGUUAUUAAAGACCCAACCAGAUUGGCGUUCAACAGCUCCUACUUGUAUGAUUUUAUUUCAUGUCUUAACUCCACUUUCAUUCAGAUCCAUUUAGCAUUUAAAGCUUUUGGAGGGGAAAAAGAGACCCUUCUUAAUAUUUGCCAUAGUACUAAUUCAUGGCCAGUUAACAGACAUCAUACUGGCUAUGACAUUUCCCUUGGCCCUUCUUGUUUCACCAAGUUGCUGGUCAUCUACAAACCAGCUCCUGAUGGUAGGAGUCGAAUUAACUCAAGGCUUAAGGUGUUUUAUAGUCAUACUGGACCCUCAACUUUGAUGGUAUGAACCCUGUUGCUGAUUCCAAUUGUCAAUGAAACUUGGAAUCAGGAAAUUGAGGACUUGACAGAUUAACGCUAGGCUUUUCAUUCAUAUAUGUGGUUAUGGGUUUUGAAUAAAGGAUUAAAUAUUGGCUUAUUUUAAAUUAGAGUAUUGCAACACUAGCGUCAACCACAACUAAGUUUCUGGGACCUCUAACUGUUACAUGAACCCUUUUCUCAUUUUUGCCCCGCUCAAUUCUCUUACGUAAUUUUUGCAAUUUAAUUUGUCUUAACUCCAAUGUUUUAUGGCUCUUUUGAUUUAUUAGGGCUCAAGCACCAAGUUUUCAGUUUAGCAGAAGCUACUUCCGUUUAUUUUGUGUCUUGUAACUAUUUAGCAACAACUACUGAUUGUGUUUACAGUGCUAGUGUGAAAGAAUAUUAGUUUAGUUUUGUACUGUCAUGUGUAUAUGCCGCAUGAGUGCCUUUCAGGUACAAUGUUGAUAAGUACAGUUUGUCUCCUGUCGGACCAAAUAACAAGGACUGGUUCAGUUAAGUACCAUAAUUACGGGUAUAUACUGACAUCAAGUUAAGUGGGAAUCCAUCUUUUGUCAGUUCGUGAAUGGUUAUUGGUAUUUCAUUUUUUCUUAAUAUGCAAGGUUUCUUUCAUUAGCCAAUAUAUCUUGCUGUUCUGCAUACAUGGUGUAUUAAAUUAAUUCUUAAUACCCAGACCCAUGUGUUUCGCCCUUUACGAUUGGAGUGUAACGUCUCAUCUCUAAGCUUUUGUGCUGAAGGAGGUCGCAGUUCUCUGCUAUCUGUUCAAGACAAAUAUUCCAUCCUGGCUUGCUUUUCCCCCUUUCGCUGAUGUUUAUUUUAAUGGGUCAGCUUUUCCUUCGCCUGGGAGUCUUCACUUUGUGGCAUCACAUGAGGGAUUGGAUUGGGAUAAUACAAGCUCUGAGAUUGUACCAUUCCAUUAGAGCAAGAGACCAAAAUUUACAGAAUCCAUUUGCUCUCAAAGGUGUGAUUUGCAAGUCAUUUUGAUGAGGGAGAAGUGUGUUAUGUCAGUUUGAUUCUAUUUAAUUCAACACUUCAUCACUGAGUUCAAUGAUACAUUAUAUUGUGGUUUUAUGAAAUAAAUAAUCAAUUACUGACUUCAGAUACAUUCACCCUCUAUCAACCCAUGCUCUGGUCCUACCAUCCCUGUUGUUGUGGCAAUUUCCUGGAAGGCGCUAAAUUAUUGGCUAAUAAUUGUGGAUUAAAGGAGCAACCUGAGAAAUGUUGGGGAGAGAUUUCUGCUGCUCAUGGCUUGUAAAAGUCAUAAAUAUGCACACAAAUGAACAUGGCUAGAUUUUCAACAUUACCAGUGAAAAAUAAACAUCUCCCCAAGAGGUGAUUUGAAGGAGCAAGAGAUUCAUUGAAAUUUUGGUAUUUAUUUUAAAGUUAAGAUAGAUUUCGCGAGUAUAAAUGUUCCCUACAUUUGUGUGGGGUUGAGGGAGCUUCUACAGCAACAUCAUAUCCCUGAUGAAUCUCUGCAUUCUGUGUUAGCUUGUUAACCAUACUGACUGAAUAAUUUUGCUGAAAAACACCUCUGAUCCGAUUACCAUAACCACAUUCCUCUGAAUGUAAAGUAAUGAAUUCAGCUCUUAAGACUCUGAAAUCUCUGAUUUCAGAAGCAGGCUCUGGGAAGAAAAGCCCCCCUCGGUAUUUGUGUGUGUUUGAGCAGAGUCUUGUAUACUGGAGCACUGCAGUGGAAAGCAAACCUGGAAUCUAUCCAAGGAAUUGCCUGAAGAAUGAUUCCAUGGGCUAAUAUUAAUAGCUUAGAGAUAAUUAUGAAUUGUGAGAAUUAAUGCUUGUCAGCGUCAGACCACUGUAAACAGAUUUAGAUUAGAUUCCUGUUCAUGGGGCUGGUGAAUGAGUUUGCUCUUUGCUCUGCAAAAACCACACCAGUGAGUAUUGAUUUGAUAAGGAGUAUGUCCAGAAUAUUGAGUUAUGGUCUCUGCUUUAGUUCUAGUAUAUUAUAAAUUGUGAUUGUGACUUGUACUAAUGGUGAAUAAAAUUGAGGGGAUUGGGGAUUAUUACAAUGCAGAACCAUUUGUUUAAUUAUGAUUAUGCAAUACUUUCUGAAUUAACACAUCUUAACCAGUUUUGCCAGUUUUUAAACGGUACUCAUUUAAAUGCUGUGGCAUAAAUGAUCAUGGACACAUACCUGGAUCAAUGAAUGUAAGCGAAGUUAGGAGUGAGAACAGACCACCCUGUCAAGCCCCAUCUGUUCACUGCAUAAACUCUUAAGGUAACUAAUUGUACUUGAAUUACAGAAUGGGUUUACUUGGUAGAUGAGCGGAGCAAUAUUUAUUUUGAGUGGAAGUUAUUUCUUUUACCUGUUCUGAGUUUACCUUUCAUUCAUUUUCAUUAUUUUAUUCUCUGCCUGUUUUUUAGGGUUAAGUAAUCUGGAUUUACCUUACCUCUGCUACUUAAUAUUUUUAUAUACUUUGAUGCACAGAGUAACUACCAUGUUGCUGCAGGAGUUUUCUGAAAGUAAAGGCAAUUUAAUGCAAGUGUUCAGACUCAGACCAUUCUUGAUUUAAUAUUUGUGCAUGUGCCAAAAUGCAACAAAAAUAGAAAAAGAGAUCAUGUGUUGAUGUUUUUUAUUUGAUUUGGAGGAAUAGUUACAUUUUUGUUUCAUGCUUUUUUUUAAAAGGGGGAUAUGGUUGAAUGAAUUCCACAAGUAAAUAUUAGGGGACCAUAAUUAACUAAAUUUAUACAUUUCGCAAUCAAGAAUUGAACAUCUUCAUAGUGAGGUUUUUCAGUCUGGAGCAUAUUCAGCUGGUAAGAUAUGAUUUUCAUGUUAAACACGCCACAGUCAUAGCCUGGUAUGUUUUUUUUGAAAGGGGCGGUUAAUGUAUUUGGGAUUUGGAAUCUACCUCAAGUUUGCAUAGACCUUUGGUCAUUUCCUGCAAUCUCUCCAUCUCAGUAAACAGCAGGGCAUAAAGGUACAAGUUGUCUCAAACUGGCAUCAUUGCACUAUGACUAAGACCAUUAAACCUGAUGUGAUGUUGCAGAAAUGAAUACCAGACAGAGAGUGCUGGCAGACUAUUAGAUUGUGACAGGUAUCACUGCUCAGUCUGAUCUUUACCCUCGCUUGAUUCUACACACUACACUGUCCAGCGGGGCUCUAAGAUAGUGCUUGAGAAUCCUAGCUGAUUUUUCUCCCCCUACCCCAGCACCCUCCCUCCCAAACCCAGGUCCCCACCCCACUAACUCCCUGGCUGCGAUAAUUCACAGGCUGUAGGGAGUAAAUUUGGGAUGUCUCAUGUAGCUCAGUACUGCAAAAGAAUUUAGACUGCAGGGAGAUUAGUGCCUCUAUCUGCAGCAGCAAGAAAAAGGAACAGGAGUAAACCAUAUGGCUUCUCAAGCCUGCUCCACAUGAUUAUGGCUGAUUGCCUCAACCCUACUUCCAUGUCCAUUCCCCAUAUGCCUUAAUUCCUUGAGAGAUCAAAUAUCUGUUUAUCACAGCCUUGAAUAUAUUCAGAUGGAGCAUUCACAACCCUUUUUGGUAGAGAAUUCAGAUUCCCGGCCUUUUGAAGAGAUUUCUCAGUUAUAUCACUCUUAAAUGAUGACCCCUUAUCCUGAGGCUGUACCCCCAUGUUCUCGAUUCCCCAGUCAGAGGAAACAAUCUCUAGUAUCUACCCUGUCAAGCCACUUCAAAAUCUUGUAUUUUUAAAUGAGAUCAUCUCUCAAUUCUUCUAAACCUGAGAGAGUAAAAUCCCAAUUUACUUGACCUCAUCUUACUUGACACAGCCUGCAAUUAUCUGUUUUGCUAAUUGCUGUUCAACAGGAAAUCAUUCUUCUGAUGUCGUUGUAUCACGUGAAUAUGUGUCUUCAUUAUACAUUAACCAAACCUAAUGGAAAUGGGGGCUAGUUAACUCUAAGGAGAAUAAAAAGGAUUUUGCAUCACAGGUGCCCAAUCCAUAGUCCCCUUUAAAAUGAAAGCUGACACCUAAUCUUGUCAUUCUGAUAUUUAUUGGUGUGUGUUGUGUGUGAUCAGAGCUUGGGGGUGAGAUGGGGAAUAUAAUCUGUAACUUACCUUGACAUUGUCGCUUAUGAAUUGUCAGAUCAGUCCCCCAUUUAGUACAAGCCCACAGCCGGGGCAAGUUAUUUGGCUAACUAGAGUUUUCCACUUCUGCGCUCGCUAGUCCAUAAUUUUCUAGCCAUUAAAUUGAAUCACUGGCUGGCUAGCGCAAAAAUGGAAUAUCUCAACCAGCACCUAUAGUGCAAUCUAUUGUUCCAAAAUGUAAAUUUUGCAUGGCACGUUCACAAGGUGACAAAAAUACCCAUAUUUAAACAAUAACUGAUCCCUUUUGCUACCCAUUAUUUGUAUUUGUGGAUGAUGUAUUUUCCAUGUAUACUCGUGUGGGCCUGCACUUCAGGAAAUUAAAUGAAAAGGACAAUUGCACUUUCCAUAUAUAUAUAUACGUGAAGCUUUACUCUCAAGGUUAAGGGAUGUCCCUGCGAAGCUACAGUCACUUAACUUGCUACUGAAUCUCAAAAAAGCAAUAGCGUUUCCUGAAAUAAUGUUUUCUAUUGCACUCAGGCUGUACCAUUCUUGGACUCCUCCACAAAGAUCUCUAAGGAAUCUUCAAAAAAUAUCCAGUAGCUGAUUUUGUGACUAUGAUAUACUUGGAUUAUAGUUCCCAAACUCAGUUACGAAUAGCAGCUGUCAGAAAUGUGCAUUUCAGUAACUGCUGUUAAUGGCUAUAGCACCAGUGCUGACUUAAGCUGGAACUUGACCUUUCCACCUUGUUAUUAACUCUGCCUUUGUUAAAACUUAAUUUGGACAAGAGAGGAGUAGUGUUAAUUUGGGAAUGAUAUUUGAAGUUUUGAUUUGGAAAUUUGAACUCCAGGCUUGAGUAAGGAAACUUUUAGUUAUCAGAACGUAAGUUUUCUAAGAAAUUGUACUAAUUUGUGACUUUACAAGACCUCCUGUAGUCGAUAUAUAUGUACAGUGAGCAAUAAUUUGUGUUGCCAAUCAGGGUAACGUACCUUGGGUUGCCGAAUCAGAACUACAACUCUUUAAGCAUGAAAUUAAAUUUUCAUAUUGUAACUACACUUUGGGUUUUUUGAGUCUGGGUUCUCUGUGUUGUUGUCUUCAGCUCUUAAGAUAAAACACAAGUGAACUCAAGUUUUGUUAAGGAAACUUAUGUUAAAGAAAUAUUGCCACCCUCAGCUCCUGUAAAUUUGGUGUUUUUAUAUGUUCAGUUUGUGAAGGACAGCAGAAGGGCUGUGGUCUGAGAUUAGUUUGCAGGGAACUGUACGACUGUAAAUAUUUUCAAUUAGAUCUUCCAUAUUCCUUAUUCUAUAUAGUCCUCCUGUGGACUUUGGUGUCCAUCCUUGUGAUUUAAUUACAUCAAUUUGAAUUUUUCUUUACGUUCGAGCAUACACAUGGAGCAGGUGCAACAGAGCUGAAAUUAGAUUUUCUAAUAGUGUUGCACUUUUUAAAACACAUUUUUGAGGACUUUGCUUUCACUUCGGAACUUGAACUUAUUUUUUAUUUUUUUAAGUUGGGUGAAUGCCACAACACAUUUGUUCUUUGUACUUUAUAUAUUCACUGGGUUAAAAAUCUUUUCAAACCUAUUGCAUUGACUGCUGAAUUGGUGCAAAAUGUGUCAUAGAUUGAUGCAUCAUGCUGAGUAUAUUAACACUAAAUGCCAAAUACUGUAAUUUACAUUCCUGAAUGUGGGAGAACAUUCUGUGGGGUUUUUUAAAUAAAGAUUUGGGAAAGAUAAUUUAACAAAUGUGUCCUAUUGUGCAUUGAACAUCAAGUGAAUUAUUUAUCUUUUUCUGUCAGUCAAUCAAUAAACAUAAAUACUAUA